AUUGGGUUUUUUGGUAUUUCAAGAGCAAUCAAGCUGUUUCCAUUAUCCAUGUCUUGUAAACAAUCUUUCUAAGUGGGCAGCUUUCUAAACAUCACAAAAGAAAACAGGCAGCAGGUGCUCCCAAAAAAUGAAGUAAAAUAUUUUUUAAAAAAUGUUUGAAGGAAAAAUCAUUCAUCGCAGAAUGGACGAGAUGUGUUUGGUUUUCUUCUUUUUCGAGGGACGUCACUCUUUUUCGUAUUUAAAAUUGCCUAACGUCUACUAAUAGCAUUUUGGCAUUUCUCUUUCCUCCAUCUAAUAUUCUUCAUCUCCUAACACACCCAACUGUUGUGACUUACUUUUGGAUUCUCCCUUGUCUGUGUCCUAGUCGCUUUCUGGAUUGCAAAAAAAGAUUCAUUUAUUUAAAGCAACAAAAAAAGGUAAAAUUUUACUCUCUACCGAAAACCCAAACACUUUUUUGAAUACAUGUAAUCGACUUCAUUUUUGCGUUUCCUGUUUUAUUUUCAUUUUUAAAUGGUGCUUAUGAAAAACGAGGUAAGAUAUAAUUUUCAACAUUUGAAAAUUCCCGCGUUUACAUUUUCCGGUUGCUCUUUAGCCUGCACCUUCAUCAUUUCCUAUGACAUUUCGCACAAUAACAAGCACUGAUUGAAAUUUGCAUAAAGAAAAUAAAAAAAUCAUGUCGUGAUCAUGAUGGAAGAGAAAGGCGUGAGGAAACAGGAACACUGACCUUCUUGUGACUCAUGGUACCAAUCCACACCCAUGUCAAAUGAGCCAAAUCCGUGUGAAACCACAUUUUAAUAAACCAACAUUACAGAUAACGUGAGGAGCAAGUGUUUUCCUGGUUGGAUUCCAUGGCUGUCAAGGGUUUCAGUAUACCUCAAAGAAAAAUCUAUGAUCUGGAUUUGUUAUACAAAAUAGUUUCGUGGGACCAAGCUGAGGUGGAGAAAUAUCUGACAGAGAAUGGAAUACAUGGGUGUGGAUUUGCAUUGGAGGCAAAUUCAAUUAACGGAGAAGCCUUCCUUAAUUUAAAUAACCAAACUUUGGCAAGUUGGGAAAUACCAAUAAUAAAGCGCUCUAAAAUAAUAGCAUUGCUAAAUGAAUUGGGAUCUGAGGGUAGCAGAAAAAGUGCUAUAGUAACAGCACAUUCAAGACAAAAAAAGGCAGCUACAUACCUUGAAAUAGUACAGCGUCCUACGGCUGCACCUCCUACACCCAGACCUUUAUGUUCUGAGAAACCAAAAAUUCUAAACAAACCUAAUUUACCAGUUAUACCUCCUAAGCCACCACACUUGCUAAAAAAACCAAUUCCAACAAACAGCUUGUCAAAAGAUGAAACCCAAACAAUUGAGAAAAUCCCUGUUCAGUUGUCAAAUGAUGCAAAUAACAGCCCCUUUUCUAGUGAAUCGGAAUACGUAGGUCCUGAAAGUAAUGAAAUAUAUAUGAGCCCUACUGUUCACAAUGAAUCCGACUACGAGGAUCCUGAAAAUAUCGAACUAUAUACCGAACUAGACGAAGAAAGCCUUACAAAAAGCACCAUUGACGGCCCCGCUGUUUCGUUUGAAACUAUUCACAAUAGCAGAACACCGUCUCUAGUGCUUUCACCUGAUUGUCAAACAGACGAGUCGUCGUCCGGUGACGACGGGAACGCAUCGCUUACCAACGCUUGUUUUGUAGGUUACAAAAUGCCAUCUCCCAAUAAAAGACCAAUCCGCAAAAAAAGUACUUUUACAAACUGGCGCAAUUUACCCGAAGAAAAACUUACCAAAGGAGAUCCAUGCGGUACUCCACCUCUUCCGCCCGCUCGAAAUCAAAUUUUCAAUCGGUGCUCAUCGGAGUCCAAUGUCAGUCAAUCAGGAUCAGAAUCUCGUUCUUCACCAGCCCUGACCCCACGCAAACUGUCAUCGCAGUGCGCUACUUCACAGCUGAAUCUUGCCGAAUCACUUUCGUCACCAUCGUACCCGCCACCUCCCGUACCCGCCCCAAAUAGACGAUUGACACCUGCUAGCCGGCCAAGUCCGACUCCUCUUCAACCAAAUGCGCUCUUUGGAAGUCAAAUUAUGUUACAUCCAAUGCGCAGGAGUCCAUCACCGUCGAUCUCGCAACAUAAUAGUUAUAAUAAUAGCCCAGCAGGAAGUACACGCAGUAGCAAUGUAUCUACGGAUUCCGAAAUGGCUAGUUAUCCAUGGUUCUUCAAUAUAGACCGUAAAAAAGCCGAAUCUAUAUUGGCACCACUGGGAAACGGAACUUUUCUCAUUCGGCCAUCCAAGCAUGGCGGAACGAACGCUUCGUUCACGUUGAGCUUGCAGUUUAACAACCAUGUUUUCCACGUACUGAUACGUACGAGGCCCGACGGUAAAAUGGCUUUGGGUACCGAGAAGAAGGAAGAAAACUGUUUCUACACACUGCAUGAGCUAGUCGAUUUCCAUUACAAUGAAGUAAUGCAGUUACAUUCGGGCAACAAAGUGAGCGGAACAACGCGCCUUACCAGCUGGCCGACCAACUUCACGUAAGAUCUUUAAGUCGUUAGAUAGCGGUCAAUAACCUCUCGUUUGACCUUCGCCCCUUUUCUCUAUUUUUUGUUUGAAAAAUGUUCAAUGCCUACUAGUUAUUUGUGGCUUUCGCACUAAAUUUAGCCGUUCGGCAUUCAGCUGGAAAUUUAUAUUUACUUGGGUUGAGAGCAUCAUGUGACGAGGAUCAUAAAUCUUAAAGAAAGUAUUAAGAGAAGUACAGGUCAAUAUCGUAUCAUUUAAUAUUAUCCUUCUUAAAUGAACUCUCCAACUGUUUGCUAUUUACUUGUUGCCUUGUAAGAUGUUCACUAUAAUUUGGUAGCAACACCUCACCAUGUAACCGUCAUGAAUUUUCAGUUGAUGUCGUAUUUUACGUUUUCCUAUGAACGUCGCCGAAGCCGUUGCGUGUGUUCAUCAUUAGUCACGAUCAAUUGACUGCAAUUCGUUUCUCUUCCCUCGAUUUUAAUUUUUUUGCACGUUUUCAUUUACACGUGCAGAUCGUUAAACUUUAAAAAAAAAAGACCCACCAAAGAGUCUUGAAUUAUGUUUUCUUUGCGCACGCUUGUAUGGAAAGCAAUAAAUGCGUUCACUUAUU